CUUCAAUUGACAAUGUAAGAUUCUAUUAUUCACCAUAAGGCACUAUGUCAGUUUCAGAGUCUUCAGUCAGGGGAGACUUCAGCAAAGUGCCGAUCAUUGACUUGGCCAAUUUGCGCAGUCCCGAGCUUGACAAACGACAAGCGCUAGCAAGAGAGAUCCAUGAUGCCUGUAUGCACGUUGGGUUUUUCUAUAUCACGAAUCAUGGUAUUCCCCAAGCGACUAUCUCCGCAAUUCACGACGCAGCAUGUCAGUUCUUUGCUCUCCCAGAGGACCGGAAAUCACAGUAUUCCAUAGCAAACUCCAAGAAAUUUCGCGGCUUCAUGCCUCUGUAUGCUGAGCAGAUGACCGGACUUGAACUUCGACAGCCAGACUCUGAUGUUGCCAGCACACCGGGAGCGUAUUCCGAGGCCUUCGAUGUAGGAUAUGAGCUUGCAGCAGAUUCUCGACGAGAACCACAUGAUUCGCUCCCAUCAGACGACUUUGAUCUCUAUGGUGACAACCAGUGGCCCUCUGAGGACGAAUUGCCCGGCUUUCGAAAAACUUACAUCGAGUAUUUCGCCGAGGCACUGAGCCUAUGUCGGUCCUUGAUGCGAAUCUUUGCUUUGGCACUUGACUUGUCAGAAGAGUUCUUCGAUCCAAUGAUGGAAUACCCAGGUGCGACAUCCAGAAUGCUACAUUAUCCUUCACAGUCGGUGGACGAUACGUCCAGGAUCGGUUUGGGUGCUCAUACGGAUUAUGAGUGCAUCACUAUUCUUUCCCAGGACAAAGUGCCAGCCCUGCAAGUGCGCAACUCUAGCGAAGAGUGGAUCACUGUUCAGCCCCUUCCAAACACGCUGGUGGUUAACAUCGCGGAUUGUUUGUCCAUGUGGACAAACCGAAAGUUUAAAUCGACGGUACAUCGGGUCAUCAAUAUCACUGGCGAAGAACGAUAUACGAUCCCUUUUUUCUUUGGCGUGGAAUAUAACACAACGGUAUCAGUUCUGCCCAGCUGCGUGUCAGAAGACAACCCGGCAUGUCAGAAGCCUUUUAAAGCGGGAGAGUGGGUGCGCCGUCAAUUGGCGGCCUCGUAUGUUGGAUACGGCCAACAGCCGCCGGUUGAAAAACGUUGACCCUGAAUAUAAGCAACGAAUUCAGGUAACGCACAUCUUUCCCCAACAACCUUGAUUACUUUGUUCUCUUCGAUAUCUUUCCUUGAAAUGCGCGAGAUUGUCAAGAUAUGACAAUUGUCGACCUUACUAUAUGAACAGUCUCGAGCGAUGGUGAAUCACUAUAAAAGCGGUCCAUAUAAAGUGACCGUUCAGAGAUGUUAAUAUAUGAUUUACUUUUUAUUAACAGCCUAAGGUAUUCGAAUCCAUAAGAUAUGCUCACAGUUACCAAUUG